AUGUCUCCUCACUCCAGAGGUGUGAAACGCAUCGUUGAUGUGCUCGCAAUUUCAUCUCGGAACACCCACGUCUGUCGUUCAUGUCGACAAGCUCUCUCACGGAGAGGUUACGCAUCGGCAGCGACAGCUAAAGCAACCGUUGAGGCGCCUCCCAUCACUCAGCUCUCCCCAGAGGGAAUUGAAGCAUCUUCCGCCCCCCAACCCGUCUUCACCAUAAGAGCUGGCGUUGUCGUCUCUCGGCCACCUCUCAUUACUCCCGACCCACAUCCCUUCGAGACGGCCUACUACCUCUACCAACGACGGUUGAAUGAGCGACUCGCUUUGCCCUUUACGCAGUACUUUUACUAUAAGCGCGGAACCCCUUCCUUUCUCCAUUGGCAGGCCAAGCGUAAGGAGAGAGGAGGUGCUGCGGCUCGAGACAUCGGAAAAUACAACGCGUACACCCCGGAAGCAUGGAAUGAUGAGGUUCUUGUUGGCGACCAGACCGGAUCACCUGCACAGAUUGUCGAGCAACUGAUAGCAGAAGAGGGCCGAGCGGCUGAAUUCACAGGUGAUGGAGAUCCGAAGUUCGCAGGUUUAAAGCGUAGGACCGAAGCGGAUGAGAAGAAUGACCAACAAAGUCUGGAGCGGAGUCUGAGUCGGACGCUAUAUUUACUGGUCAAGACCCGGAAGGCCCAGGGACAGAAUCAGGAGGAGAGUGAGUUGUGGAAAUUUCCUAGCGGCACCCUCGUGGGGCAUGAAGGCUUGAAAGAGGCCGCACAACGGAUUCUCUUCAGCUCCCUCGGGCCCAAUAUGAAUACAUUUUUCGUCGGUAACCAUCCCGUGGGCCACUACGUCACGCACUUCGCGUCACCACAACCAGCACCACCCGCAACGACACAGAAAUCCAAGCCCUCCAAAUCAACACCGUUGAAGCAGGACCUCGCGCAGUCCGAGACGAUGGUUGAUGGGGAAAAGACGUUUUUCAUGAAGGCACGCAUCAUGGCUGGCCAGGCGGAUUUAUCUGCCGCCGAAAAUAAUGAUGUGGAAGAUUUCAGAUGGCUUUUAAAGGAGGAGAUUGAAAAGGCGGUACAUCCGGAUUACUGGAUCCGCAUCAGGAAUAUGCUCGUCGCGCAGUGA